GGCCCAAUAUGUUAAUAGUUAUUUUCCUCCGAUUCUCGAUCUCCUCCCUCACGGCGAACUUUCUAGACUCUCCAUCUCCGGCGAACUCGCUUCUCUCAUUUUCUCCGGCGAAUUCACUUAUCUGAGGAAGUAUGGGACGCAAAGCUGGCACCUUAUAUAUUAACCCAAGGAACUUUGGAAGUCUUCAGAAACCUUGCGCGAAAGAAAUGGUCUCGUUUCUAAAUUGUUUGACUUUAAAUCACAACAAGGAUGAGAAAUGUGGCAGGCAAAAGUCACUUUUGAGUACCUGCAUGGAAGCUCAGAGUGGCAAAAACAGAAAGCCCUGGGGUAGCAUCAAUUAUCAUCUGCAGAGGCUUAGCAGGGGAAGAAAGUAACUAGGAUCGAGAGUGUGGUUGCAGAUGGGCAUGUUUUGAAGUUAGAUACAGAGGUGGUUUCUCCAACUUCUUAAUGAACAACAUUUUCCUGAGAUGGUCUGUAGUACUUGAUUAAUAGCACGAAUUCAGACUCAAAAGGUGCAACACUAUUUAUUUGUGGAUCUUCCAAUGAUAGCCUUAGAAAGGUGAUCAAUUGUUUCUUUCUUUUCGUCUUAUAGAAGUGCAGAAACUUGUGCCAGCAGAAAUGGACGUAAGAAGGAAUUGCUUUUUUUUGGCUUACAAUGAAAAUUAACUCAUAUUUGUGUACGACUUAAAAAUGGGUCAUU